AUGGCCGAGCUUUCAACACUCCAUAACCCGCUUCUUGACACGAAUGGCUUCACCGACGAGAUUCUAGAGGCAUUCUCAAGCCUAAAGGAACUAAUCAUGUUGGACCUAUGGGGCAACAAGCUCAGUGGUUCAAUCCCUGUCUGGAUUUGGCAGCACCAAAAGUUCGGGAUCUUGUACGUGUAUGACAAUGGACUCAUCGAGGAGCUGUCAUGCAACAUCACUACGGUGAAUUUGAUUAAGAAAGACUUGUCGGGAAACAAACUCACCGGCUGCAUACCAGAAGACUUUGGGACUCUCAAGAAACUAACCAUUAUCAUCAUAUACAACAAUGAGUUCAUAUGCCCCAUCCCUGGAAGCAUUGACCUCAUUCCCAACCUCCAAUACAUCCAGUUGUUUGACAAUAUGCUCUCGAGUGAGGUGCCACAAGAACUUGGGAAGCACUCUCCGCUUGGAAAUAUUGAGGUCUACAACAAAAACUUGUCUAGCUCACCACUGCAGGAGUUAUGCGCUCAUGGGAAACUAUUCAACAUAGUAGUUUCUAACAACAGCUUCUCUGGCGAGCUCUCGGUGAGCAUUGGCAAUUGCCUCUCGCUGGAUAAAACAUUAUGCUCGGGCAACUUCGACGACUGGCUGCACCACCGUUACCGCGAGGGCGCCCCUGCACCAUUGUACAUGCCGAGGAGGCCGACCAUCGCUAUUGAUGCAGCCUUGGGUCUGAACUACAUCCACCAAGUGUGCGGACAGGCUAUUAUCCACUGGGACAUCAAGUCAGACAACAUUUUGCUUGACCCAAAGUUCCAUGCCAAGAUCGCCGACUUUGGGCUUACUCGAAUGGUUGUCAACCUAGGCGAGUCCCAGCACAUGUCAGCCAUUUGUGGUACACACAGGUACAUGACCCUUGAAUACUUUCAGUACAAUGGAAAGGCGAGCAAGAAGACUGACAUCUACAGCUUUGGUGUCGUUCUGCUAGAGCUGACAACCGGCGUGGUUGCCAAGGGCAUUGGAGGUGGAGAAAGCUUGGGUGAAUGGGCAUGGAAGGUGUUACAGGAUGCUAUUUAA